UGUUUAUUGUGAAGAUGGCGUCUCCAAAUGGAGGUGAUGAUUUUGAGUCCUCUUUACUGAGUUUUGAGAAGUUGGACAGAGCGUCACCAGACCUGUGGCCAGAGCAGUUACCAGGAGUUGCAGAAUUUGCUGCAUCUUGUAAAAAUACCAUCACAAAUUCACCCCACAAGUGGAUGGCUGAACUAGAGAGUGAAGACAUUGAAAUGUUGAAAGAGCUGGGCAGUUUGACCACAGCUAACCUGAUGGAGAAGGUCAAAGGACUUCAGAACCUCGCUUACCAGCUGGGAUUAGAGGAGUCCCGGGAAAUGACCAGGGGGAAGUUUCUGAACAUCCUGGAGAGGCCCAAGAAGUGACAUGUUUGUUUUCAUUUUUUACAAGAUUUGGGAAAUUUUGGACUGCAAGAUGAACCUGCCUUUCGUCUGAACAUGUUCAGACCUUCACAACACACUUCAAAGACUGAAACCUAAACUGAAGCAAAAUGCUUCCUCAGUGCGCCUGAUGUCCUCUUAGAUGCAUUCACAUUCACAAAUGAAUAGUUCUUACUCAAUUUCUCUGUAGCUUGUUGAUUAAAUGUUCACUAUUUAUUCUUAUUUCUACUUUAAACAUGAUUUACAAUUUUCUUUUGCAAUUUGUGAUGUUGUAUAAUAAAGUUUUAACCAAAAGUUGA